AUGGCAAUCACGAUCACGAAAGUUACGACCCACGCCUUGGGUGACGCCGAGGCUCUUAACUUUACAACGUUUAAAAACAUCGUGGGUGGAAAACUUGUUGACACAAAGGAACACCGACGUGGGAUGAACCCGGCAACUUUGGCUCAACUUCCAGAUGUACCUAUUGCCACGGAACAAGACCUUGACAAUGCUGUGGAAUCUGCUACGGCCGCUUUCAAGACAUGGUCCUGCACACCCUAUGUAGAACGCAGAGCAGCUCUACUGCGCUUUGCAGACGCAUUUGAAGCGAAAGCCAAAGAAUUUGUUCAGAUGCUCACAGUUGAGCAAGGCAAGCCGAUCUUCCAAGCCGAGAUUGAAGUCAGUACUGCGGUGCAAUGGAUUCGGUCAACAGCAGAAUUGGGCGAUGUUGGAAAAGACGAAGUCAUCGAGGACAACUCGGAUCGGAAGGUUAUUGUUCGACACACACCCCUUGGAGUGGUCGCUGCCAUUGUCCCUUGGAACUUUCCUAUCCUGCUUGAGAUUGCGAAACUGGCGCCCGCGCUCCUAACGGGGAACACCCUAAUCAUCAAACCUUCGCCGUUUACGCCCUACAGCGGCUUGAAGAUUGCAGAGCUAGCACAGUCUUUCUUCCCUCCUGGUGUUGUUCAAGCGUUGAGUGGGAAUGAUAGCUUAGGGCCUUGGAUAGUUGCGCACCCAGGCGUUCAAAAAAUAUCCUUUACCGGUUCCACAGCGACUGGAAAACUGGUCGCAGCUUCUGCGGGACGGACGCUCAAGCGUGUGACACUCGAGUUGGGCGGCAAUGACGCUGCUAUCGUGUGUAAGGAUGUGGACAUCCAGACGACAGCCGCGAAGGUCGCCACAUUUGCAUUCCUGAAUGCCGGACAGAUAUGCAUGGCAAUCAAGCGCGUCUAUAUCCAUGAGAGUAUUUACGACGAAUUCCUUGACGCUAUGACCGCUUAUGUCAAGACACUGGCAGUCGGUAAUGGUUUGGAUGAUGGCGUUUUCUGUGGACCAGUGCAAAACAAGUUGCAGUACGAGCGUGUGCAAGAGUUUCUAACUGAUGCCAGGAAAAAAGAUCAAAAGAUUGCCGUUGGUGAGCAAACUUGUAGCAGACUUGGCUAUUUCGUCAACCCUACUAUUAUCGAUAAUCCAGGAGAUGACUCUAAGAUCGUGCUCGAAGAGCCGUUUGGUCCAAUCCUCCCCAUCAUGCCUUGGUCCUCCGAGGACGAGGUCAUCAUCCGUGCCAAUGACACGAAUAUGGGUCUCGCUGCGUCUGUCUGGAGUCGUGACUUGGAGCAAGCCGAACGCCUUGCACGUCAAAUAGAUGCUGGUACCGUCUGGAUCAACAAACACUUUGACCCUUUACCCAACGCGCCAUUUGGCGGUCACAAAGAUUCUGGCAUUGGCGUUGAAUUUGGAAUUGCUGGAUUGCAAGGCAUGUGCAAUUCACAGACUAUAGUGUUCAACAAAGUCUAA